AACGUGGGUCUGCGUCGCAGCGGGCAGAUCGAGGGCGUCCGCCAGAUGCACAGCAACGCCCCGCGCAGCCAGAUGGCCACAGAGGGAGACCUGGUGGCCUGGAGCCGCAGGGUGCUGGUCCCGGAGCUGGAGAACGCCUCUGUCAGAAGACAGAUAAACUGGCGUGAAGCUAAAGGGGAAGGGAGUAAUAUUUAUCAGUCAGAGAGGAGGCGAGACCAUCCACUCUCUCCCUAAGGAGAGCAGGGUUCACCCCACAGCCGAGUCGGUCGACGAGGGGAGGCGGAGCCAGGGUAACCACGGCUACCACACACGCGCAGCCAUGGAGGAGACGAGCCGCCAGAGCGCCGAGGCUGCCGACGACGACGAAAGCACCUCAGAGGUAGACACGGGAGAGGUGGAUGUUCGGCAAAUCAACGGGCAUUCCUCCUCCGAGGAGAAGGAAGAGGAACCAAAGGAGCCCUGGCCGGAUGACCACAGUAGUUCAAGCGACUACUCCAGCGAUUACUCCGACUGGACGGCGGACGCCGGGAUCAACCUCGAACCGCCCAAGAAGAGCGUGAAAGUGAAAAAGAAAAGCAGCAGCUCGGAGGAAGACGGGGAGAAGAAGAGGGAUGGGAAGAAGGAAAGAAAGAAGGAUAAAGUAGACAAAGACGACGCAUUACCAAAGAAGAAGCAGCCAAAGGAGAAGAGAAAGAGGGCCGAGUUUCAGGAGCAAGGGCUAACUCUGGAGGAGUGGCUUCCUUCUGCCUGGAUCACGGACACGGUCCCCCGGAGAUGUCCCUACAUACCCCAGAUGGGAGACGAGGUGUACUACUUCAGACAGGGCCAUGAAGCCUAUGUGGAGAUGGCCAAACAAAAAAAGAUUUACAGCAUCAACGCUAAGAAGCAGCCCUGGCACAAGAUGGAGCUACGGGAGCAGGAACUGAUGAAGAUAGUUGGCAUCAAGUAUGAGGUUGGCCUGCCCACACUGUGCUGUCUAAAGCUGUCCUUCCUGGACCCUGACACGGGCAAACUGACCGGAGGAUCCUUCUCUAUGAAAUACCACGACAUGCCUGAUGUGAUCGACUUCCUGAUACUGCGGCAGCAGUUUGACAACGCCAGAAGGAGGCAGUGGAGUAUAGGGGACAGGUUUCGGUCAGUGAUUGACGACGCCUGGUGGUUUGGGACCAUUGAGAGCCAGGAGCCCUACCAGCCUCAGUAUUCUGACAGCCUGUUUCAGUGCUACAAUGUCUGCUGGGACAACGGAGACACGGAGAAGAUGAGUCCUUGGGACAUGGAGCCCAUACCUGAUGAUGCCACGUUCCCUGACGAGUUAGGCACCAGUGUCCCGCUGGUAGAGGAGGAACAGAAGGAGCUGCUGUACGUCCCGCUGGACGGGGAAUGGGGCUGCCGCACACGCGCAGAGGAGUGCGAACGCAUCAUCAAGGCCAUCGACCAGCUCUGCACACUCGAUGUUGCCGCGCCAUUUGCCUUUCCAGUGGACCUCCAAGCUUACCCCACAUACUGCACGGUGGUGGCCUACGUCACCGACCUGAGCACCAUACGGGAGAGGCUGGUCAACCGCUUCUACAGGCGGCUGUCCUCUCUGAUGUGGGAGGUUCGUUACAUCGAACACAACGCGCAGACGUUCAACGAGCCCGGAUCGUUCAUCGUCACUACGGCCAAGUUUGUCUCCGACCUCAUGCUGCAAUUCAUUAAGGACCAAAAUCUGACGGACCUCAAGCCCCUUUACAAAACUAUGAAGAAGGCGACCUUCUCGGACUCUGAAGAUGAGGACGAUGAGGAAGAGGAUGAGGAUACUAAUACUCCUGGAACAUCCACACGAAACCAUAAGGGUCGUCGACCCACUCAGCGGCAACUGCGAACCCGACCCCCGUCAUACGACCCCCACGCGUGGCGGGGCCGCUGUAAGGAGCUGCUGGACCUCAUCUUUCAGUGUGAAGACUCGGAGCCCUUCAGAGAACCCGUGGACCUGCAGGAAUACCCGGACUACCUGCAAAUAGUGGACUCACCGAUGGACUUCGGCACCGUUCUCAACACGCUCAAAGAUGGAAAGUACCAAUCUCCCAUCGAGCUCUGCCAAGAUGUCCGCCUCAUUUUCAGCAAUUCCAAAGCUUACACGCCCAGUAAGAAGUCUCGGAUCUACAGCAUGAGUCUGAGGCUCUCUGCACUGUUUGAGGAGCAUGUCAGCUCCAUUUUGGCCGACUACAAAGCCAUCCACGGCCUGACCAAUAAACUGACCAGACAGGGGACAGACAGACAGACACGACACACUACGGACAGACAGACACGGCACGCCAUGAAGAGGAGGAGGAGGAGGAGCGAAUCUCCAGCUAGCAGCACCGCGUCCAGUCCAGAGAGGAAGAGACGUGUAUCAUCCAGGGGGACGGGAAAAAAGGAGCCGUCGCCACCACCUUCACGGGCCUCCUCUCUGAGACAGAGCGUCCCCGUCAAACAGCCCCCCCAGCUGGUCAACGGGAAGGCGGACACAGCGGCCGCGGGGCGGACGCGGAGCGCGGCGCGCCAUUCUACACACUCUCCACCCUCCUCUUCCUCCUCACAUAACGCUGGAGGCAGCACACAGAGCACAGCAGAGUCUACUCGCUCGCUGCGGGCUCACAACUCCGUGUCAGCUUCAACAACAGCAGCUCCUCAAAGGGUGACACCCUCUCCAGCCGCAGACAGUAACAGUGGAGGAAGCACCCGGAGGAAACUCAGGACUCCUGUACGACUCACACCUGGAUCUCCCGCCAGUCCUUCAUCUCCGAGCACAGUCCACCUGAACGGCCACAGUAGUCAUGUGACGCUGGGAGUGGGGAGGAGGGGGCGGAAAUCCAAAGUGGAGCCACCAGCGAGUCCUCCAGAGGUUCCGGCUCCGGAGAGCCCUUCGAGACCCAGAGGCCGCCCUCCGGGCAAGAAGAGGGGCAGGAAGAGCAAGCAGGAGCUGGAAGAGAUGAGCCGUAGCUCCUGCAAGCGCAGGAGCUCCACACCCGACGAUGAGCUCGACCAAUCGACGGGGGAUGAAGGCGGGACGUCUUCCGCUCAGGAAACAUCUGUGCUGUCGGACUCCGGCGCGCCGUCGACACCGAGGCGGCGGGGCCGGCCCCGAGCGGUAAGAACUGACGAAGCCGCUCCGCCUGCUGAGUCGCCGGAGCCGUCUCCGCUGAGGAGGAGCAGCAGGAGGGCCAACGAAGAGGCCACGCCCCCUCCGCAGACUGCUCCUCAACGAUCCAAUCAGAGGGAGUCUCCAAACGAGGAGGAAGGAGACGAGGCUGGAGGGUCGAUGCGCACGCGAAACCAGGGGCGACGGUCGGCCUGGUACAUGGAAGAGGACUCCGAGGAGGAGCAGAGGCAGCUGCUGUUCGAGGACUCGUCAAUCACCUUCGGCACCUCCUCGAAGGGACGUGUUCGCAAGCUGACAGAAAAGGCCAAAGCCAACCUCAUAGGCUGGUAACCGGGACAACGGAACAGACCAACCGGAUGUGAAGAGGAGGCCGACUGCCCCGACAGAGAAGAAAUCUGCCUGAGAUUGGGCUAAAGCGAGGAAGUCAUGCUUGGUGUUGUGUGCAUCUGUACGCAGGUAAUGGGGGAGCUGCUAGUCCAGCUGCUGCUAUGGCGACGGAGAGACACAACAGCGCAGUUAUCUGUCCACUCCUCCCUCCUCUCGGCCCAGAAAGUCCAUUGCCACGCCAACCGACGGCUUUCCGACAACAACGCUAAUCAUUUGUUCCACCUCCUCCUACAUUAUUGGUCCAUGUUGGAUCCCACGGGAGCUCACUGACUCUGGUGGUCUCGUCCGGACUCGCUCCUGCCCCGUGAACCACUUCUCUUUUUUUUUUUUUUUUUUUUUUUGCAUGUUAAAUAGAAAGAAAAAGCGUCUCUUUUUUUUUCCCUAUAAGCUGUUUUUACCGUGAGGAGAAAAAGGAUGCGUGGGUGAAAGGGGUCAUUUAUAUGUCUCGACAGAUCAUGUUUCAAAUGGGUCCUCAACAUUAGCAAUACCUUGUGCCUUUAUGUCUUUGGUGUGUGUGUGUGUGUGUGUGUGUGUGUGCGUGUGCAUAAGCGUGCUUGGCCUCUGCCCUGCAAAGUACAUGUGCCUGUAUGUGUACGGAGAAGUUGUGACUGUGUGAGUUUGCGUAACUGAAGGAGUGUGUGUUCACUUUCAGCGUACAAACAGUGGCAUACAGUUGGAUCGUUGUGAAACCUCUCAAAGAAAUGUAUUUAUAGCAGUGGGAAAAAAAACGUUGCUGUUGUUGUAAAACCAUAAAUCAUGUCAAUAUAUCUAAUCCUGUAACCAACCUAUGGUCAGUUUCUACCUACGGUACAGCCGGUGGAGCUUUGGGGGACUAGCUGUGAGAUCACUUACCACAGGCCGGUUAUCAAUGCAGUCGAAGGGAUUAACCCCGUGUAUUUUAAAUAUCGUUAACAUAUAAAAAGGAACUUUUUAAAUGUUGAUAUGUUUCUAUGGUGACCGCACACAUGCACGCACACAAAUCCACACACAAUUCUGUCCCUCGCGUUCUAGCACUUUUGUCACGCUUGGAGCGAACAGGAUCGAGCCAGAUCAAACUGGAUCGGACUGAAGUUGGACGGAAAACCCGAGAGCGGGAUAAGACAAGUCUUAUGUUCAUCUUUUCUGAUUGUGUGCCUUCGCUACGCUGGCAUAGUGAAUCCUCGGUUUCUGCUUUCGGGGCCUUUUUUUUUUUCCCCUUUUGUUUUUGUGGACUUCUUGGUUCCGCGCGUUGCUGGGUUCAGAGAACUGGACUUCGGGGACUGGACUGGACCUGAUUGUCUUGUAUAAUGAAAGAGAGCAAAGACUGGAAAAUGGGGACAACAAAAUAUGUCACUCUCUCUCUGUACACACAACUAAUGGACUGAGUUUAUAAGGAUGCCGGCCUCCAGUUUGAGCAUGGAUCGGUUUUUACCCCGGCACAGGGCAACUGUAUCCCAAAAUCAGCUGAUUGUGUUGUGGGCUUGAACUGGACGUUAGCAUCUAUAUACACCCGGUUUGUUUUCAUAGGUCACAUAUUAUUGAACAUAUAUCUGUUUAUCACUGCUUUUUUUUUGGAUUUGUUAACGCCAAAUUCUGUCUUUGGGCACUGAAGUUGUAGAACAUGGCUUUUGAAUGUGUUUAUUUUCGGUCUCCACGGUGAGCGUGCGAUGUGUCGACUGUUUUCUGUCUGUGUGCUUCGCCAUACAGGACGAUGUUCCAGUGACUAGAUCUGUGGAGUUAGAAGGGUUUUUAUACUCUUGUCACACUUAUUUGAGGAUACAAUUAACAACCGUUCUUGUUUCCCCCCACUCUGUCUGGCUUAUAGCGACUUCACAAAAGAUUUGUUUAUAUUGUGUAUACAAAGAGUUUUAUUCCAGAUUGAGACAGCCUAAAAACACUGACACUUUUCUUCACAAAUGACUGUUGGCAUGAGAAUAAAUGUUAUUAUUGGGGUUUGAAUUAAAGAUAGGAACUGAUGCAUCGUGAGGGCAAAUAUAAACUCUUUGUGGGCACAUAAAGCUUUGGGUUUUUUGUCUAAAUCCACUGCAAAUAAUCAUACUGUAUAUGCACAGGUUAUCAUAAGUAGAGUGUGAAAACAAGAUUUUAGACCCGGGCUUCUCAAACCAUAGGUAUGAGCUCAAACAAAUGUUUAUAUGAGCCAACU